AGGCCAUCAAUCUCUCUUCACUAGUUCCUCACUAUGCGCUAUGCUUAGCUAGCUAAGGCACUGACUGCUAUCGUGUCAUCUGGGACCUCGGAGGGUUCAAUAUGUCCGCAUGGUUCAUUUCUCGGAUCACAGCUUCCCAUAGAGGACAAUUGAUCACGACCGCGGUGGUAUCGGGCAUGAUUGCAGCUGGAGCAGUCAUUAGCUUUCAGACAGCCAGGCGGAGGUAUAAGGUUCAUGAUUUGAAGGCGUCUAUACCAGACAUCAGCCAAGAACAUGUAGCAACCAAACUUACAGAGUAUGGUGCGGCUGCAGAUGUCUUUGCUCCAAGCAAAGAGGACGAACACAGCAUGGCACUAGCCGUACGAGCAAGACAGGGUGACUACGAUGACGACCUCAUUCUCGAGCAGCUGGCCCGCAAUCGAGUCUUCCUGGGAGACGAGGGCCUCUCAAAGCUCCGCUCCUCGUUCAUCAUCAUCGUCGGCUGCGGCGGCGUAGGAUCCCACUGCGCCGCCGCCCUCACCCGCUCCGGAGUGUCCAAGAUUCGUCUCAUCGAUUUCGACCAAGUGACUCUCUCUUCACUGAACCGACAUGCCCUUGCUACUCUUGCAGACGUCGGCACUCCGAAAGUCCACUGUAUCCGCAGGCGUUUGGAGCAAGUCACGCCUUGGACGCAUUUCGACUGCCGAAACGAACUGUUCAGUAAGAAGACUGCAGCUCGCCAACUAACAGCACUUGAUGGACAUGCACCGGACUUUGUGAUUGAUGCAAUUGACAAUAUCGAGAGUAAGGUAGCGCUGCUGCAUUAUUGCCAUUCUCACGAGAUCCCUGUGAUCUCUUCAAUGGGUGCGGGGUGCAAGUCUGACCCAACGAGAAUUCUCAUUGGUGAUAUAUCAGCUAGCACCGACGACCCGCUCUCUAAAGCUACUAGGCGGAAGUUAAGAGCUUUGGGUGUCAAAGACGGCAUUCCCGUCGUCUUCUCGGGCGAAAAGACUGGUCCUGGAAAAGCACAACUGCUCCCCUUGCCCGAGGAGGAGUACAAAAAGGGUAGCGUGGGCGAGUUGGGUGUUCUCCCGGACUUCAGAGUGAGGAUACUACCGGUUCUUGGAACGAUGCCAGCAAUCUUCGGACUAGCCGUCGCGAACCAUGUCAUAUUGGAAAUAACCGGCUAUCCUCACGAGUACCUUACUUCGAAGGCACGGGACAAGAUGUACGAUGGCAUUCUGGGCUCACUACUGGGUCUUGAAGAGAGGCUCGCCAGAUCUCGAGGGGAGGAUUCCCUAGGUCUCCGCAUCCCCAUCACGCAAGACGACGUGGGAUACCUCGUCGACGAUGUGUACCGUGGUAGGAGCGUUAUCAGCGGCCUCUCAACACGACUUUGUUUGACGAGGUGGAACAAGCCCGAAGAUGGUUUUGUUCACAAGCGAACGCCUGGUCAGAAGAACACACUCCUGCAAUUGAAGGACCUAGUGUGUAUGACCAAGGAGGAGGCGGCAGAACACGAAAAAGAGAUCCUUAAGGGGGACAAAAAUCUGGAGGAUUUGUAUGAUACGAAGGUUAUAGACGCCGUUAACGAGAGGAUACGGAAAGAGGAAAUAUUCGAGCGCUAAGCUUGGUUGUAUAUAUCGAUUUGUUGUACUAUUAGGAAACCCCUCUAUUGAAGCUCUUACUAAUACUACAAGACCU